AAAUCCCAGCAUACACUAUCUUAGUCAAAGUUGUAUGGAGUUUUUAAACAGAACCAAAGAUUAACCAGUUUCCAUUGUCAUUUUUUCUUUUUUUUUUCAGUGGUUAACAGUAAGGUGAUCCUGGAGGGUCUCCAGAGGUACGGCCCCACGCCAAUCUACCUACCUGUCAGCUACCGAAUCCUAAACGCUGAGUCGGUGUUCUUCCUGCAGGAAGCCAACCAGGAUUUAAUGAGAAACUCCAGCCUGCAGGCACGGACAGAGUCCUUCUUCAUCCAUCAAGCCAGGCAGAUGCCCUUCAUCAAUGCUAGCUACGGACCGCUGUCUGUGCAGCAGCCUGUGCCUCUGGAGCUCCUGCAGACCACACCGGGGCCCUUCACUGCGCCCUCGCUCACUGCUUCAUCAACGCCAACAGCUGCAUCAACACCACCUCUGUUUACAUACAACUGGAAGGUCCACACCUACAUGAUCAGUGACCAGAUUCACCCCAGCUGGCCCAAGGUUCAGGUGUUGUUCUAUAUUGCUGGCAGGAAUUGGGAUGAUUACAGCGCCAUCAACAAGCUCCCCUGCAUCAGGAUGUUUGCCUUCCACGAGACUCAAGAAGUACGGGGCACGUGUCAGCUAAAAGGUGAAUUGGGAAUAUGUGUUGCAGAGCUGGAGCCUCUGGCUAGCUGGUUCAGCCCUCCUACCAUCAGACCAGGAAGACAGAGGGUCAGUGAACAGGCCCAGGGCACUCCAGUGGAACUCUACUACAUGGUUCAGACCACAGACGUGGGCGACUGCAGCUCAGAGGAUUCAAGAAAAGGCAGCGCUCUUCACUCAGAGCAGCAGGGACCGAUGGGCUACUUUGCAGGGCAUACGCCGAUGCAGCGGAUAGGGAGUGUCCGGCUUUUACAGCCACUGACAGAGCUCAAACUGGACAAUAACUUUGUGGUGAUGGCUCCCUCCAAACCAAUACGGCAAAGAGAAACCGUCUCAGCAUUCCUGGCAUUGUCCACGCUCUCCCCGGUGCAGAUUUUCACCCUAAGGGUCAGGCUCAAAGAGGGCGUGACCUUCCUGGGAGCCAGAGCCAGCAACCCUGUCGGUUGGUCGGUGAGCCAGGACGUCAGGAGUGAUGGUCACAGAAUCGUCACCCUCCACUGUCGGCGCAAGGAGAACGGUUUCAGUCAAAGGGCGGAGGCAGCGGGCUAUCAGCGGGUGCUGCAGGUGGACCUGGAGGUUAACGGACUGACGGCCAAUCAUGCGGCCAGGGAGGUGACGUGGCAGGUGGAGUACCCGCUCACUCGAACCCUGACCAGCGAGGUGCAGACGCUCAUUCGCCUGGCACCUCAGGACUUAGGUGGCGUCGUGCCGCUAGCAAUGGACACAGAGAUCCUGAACACAGCAGUGCUCACCGGCCGCACUGUGGCCGUGCCAGUGAAGGUAGUCACCGUGGGAACAGACGGCGCUGUGUCUGACGUGACCGAGUCAGUGGAGUGCAAGUCGACGGACGAGCAGGUUAUUAAGGUAUCGGAGAGAUGCGACUACGUCUACGUCAACGGUAAAGAGACCAGGGGAAAGAUUAAGGUGAUGCUCAACUUCACCUACAGUUUCCUGAGCGCACAGCUGGAGAUGAGCGUGUGGAUGCCCCGCCUCCCUUUGCUCAUCGACGUGGCCGAUUCCGAUCUCAACCAGAUCAAGGGCUGGAGAGUCCCAGUCAGUACUGGGAACAGAAGAAAUGAGAGGGUCACCGACAACAAAGGCGAUGUUCCGGCACCAGAGAGGACGGAGAGCGUUUGUGGAGCGCAGUACCAGAGCACCACGGUCCGGGUCUUAACCCAGUUUGUGGCAGACAGCAGAGAAGUGAGAGGAGCCACAGACGAAGAGGCUCUGGAACAACUCAACUUCCUCCUGGGCAGUGACUGGCAGGUGGAAGUGACACAGAUGGUGAAGGAGUCACUGAAGGUGGACAAUCCGAGGGUCGCCCAGCUGACGGAUGGUCCGGUUCUGAUGGGACUGAGCCCCGGAACCACCAAGCUUCAGGUGCGCUCCCCUCUGACAUCAUCCGUCCUGGCUGAGAGGAGCAUCAGGGUGUUGGAUGAUAAAGUGACUGUGACAGAGCUGGGGGUGCAGCUGGUUUCAGGCCUCUCACUGUCCCUGCAGCUCAGCCCGGGGAGUAACAGGGCCAUUGUGGCCACUGCAACCACACAGGAAGUCAGCGACUCGCUCAAACAGGAGUCUCUCAUCAGUGCUUGGCUGCAGUUCAGUGAUGGAUCCAUGAAUCCGCUGGACAACUACAACGCUGCCCAUUUCACCCUGGCAGCCAGCUCUUUAAAUGACCGAGUCGUGGCCGUGCAGCAGUCGGCAGCAUGGAAGUGGCCCGUUAUUGUUACCAAGGGAGAAGGUCAGGGUCUACUUGUCCGUGUUGAAAUGUCCCCGUCAGACGUGUGCCAGAAGGGCAAGAGGCGCGCGGUUUUAGCCACUGGGAUGGCGAACGUGCAGGUAAGGUUUGGUCCACCAGAGGAGCCGUACAGACCAGCAGAAGAGCGGCGACCGAGGCCUGAUCCUCCAUAUUAUGGAGGAUCUAUUUCUGACAUGGAAACUGGGGUAAUCAACCGCGGAGCCACCACCAUCAGGGGCCAGGUCCCGAUGAGGCCUAAUGGGGGCCGUCUAUCAUCAGACAGCGGUGCAAGAGUCCCAAAUGAAUUCUCUGAAUAUCCUGAUCAGGCUGAGCUGCCUCGGAGUCGUAGUUCUGACGAGGAUUCGCUGCAUUCUCGACGGGGACUCACGGACCUGGAGAUCGGAAUGUACGCGCUGCUGGGAGUCUUCUGUCUAGCUAUUCUGGUUUUUCUCAUUAACUGCAUCUCUUAUGCAUACAAAUACCGUAGCAAGCAGCUGUCACUGGACGCCCAAGAGACCAUGCCCCACACCCACGACUGGGUCUGGCUGGGCCAUGAGGAAGGGCUGUGUCUUCAGCAGCAGCAGCAGCAGCAGCAGCAGCAGCAGCAGCAAGAAGAGCUCGGCGGCGGCAGCCUGGGGGGCCGCCAGAAGAGGCAGAGCCAGCAGCAGCAGCAAGAAGAGCUCGGCGGCGGCAGCCUGGAGGAAGGAAGCCAGCUGCUGAACGGUGGUGUCCAGCGGGGUAAUACUGCCGCGGGUGGAUGUAGCUCCAGCAGUCGGGAUCACAAGACGGAGUCGCUCAACUCGCCCACGACAAAGAGGAAGAGAGUGAAGUUCACCACCUUUUCCAAUGUCAAGUCCAGUAAUGGGUGUCCCGGGCUCAGCCCAUUAGCACUAGUGCAGACUAGUGAGAUAAAAUGGGUAUGUCCGGACAUAGAGCUGGGAGACUCAAAGGACCUUAGGAACUACAUGGACAAGCUGAAUGAGAAUGCAGCCAAGAAUAUUGCAUAG